AUGCUCUACACGCUCUCGUUCGUCGCUCUUCUCGCCGUGGCCCAGGCCCAGGUGACACCGCCGCCUUGCAGCCCCUGCACGGCAGCCAUUGCUGCGGUCCCGUCGUGUGCGUCUGGCUGCAUUCUGUCGGCCGCCGUGACCAAUGCCGGCUGCACCGACGGCGGCUACGCGUGCCAGUGCGCGCAGUCGGCUGCCAUUCAGAAUGCCGCACUUGGCUGCGUCGUGGCGGACUGCGGCCUCGCCACGGGCCUGCAGGUUCUCAGCGCCGUGUCCACGGUCUGCAGCUGCGUGACGACCAGUGGCUGUGCCGCCGCCGCCGCCGCCGCGACUGCUUGA